UUAAACCAUUAAAAAAAAGCGAUUUGGAGCGAAUAACUGCCUUUGUCACAGGCAGCAAAUAACUGCCUUUGUCACAGGGUCUGUAGCUAUUGCAAAUUAACAAAAUAAAUCGCAUGGUUAAAAAUGGAAAACAAAUUAGUUAAAAAAUAUGCCCACGAAACAAAAAAUGUUUUACUGCAAACGCUUACAGCAUUAUCAGAAGAAACGCAAAAUGUGCAAGUAAAUAAAUGUGAUAGCGAACAAUUAUUACACAGAAAUACAGAAUCGUUUAGAUGUUUAACGCAGCAUCUUUUGUCAAGCAGCUCUCUCGCAAAGAACAGACUGUUUUUAUUCCCGCCUUUACAAGAUCCAGGAAUUAGCGUGGCAUUUAAUUUCAUCGAGCCUGUCAUUAAAAAUGACCAGAUAGGAGUAGAAAAAUAUCUUCAAAUUUGUGAAGAGUUGAAAUGUGUUUCAUUAUCAGCGGUAACUAAGGCAUUAGAAACAGAUACUCUGGACUUAAAAUUUUACGGAUUAACGUUAAAACAAUUAAAAUCCGUAACUGAAACGUUGAAGGUGAAUUCCCAUGUGACCAAUUUAAUAUUAGAAGAAAAUUUGCUUAUGCCUGAGAUGGUGUCAAUGAUUGGAGAACUCAUGAUAGAAAAUACAACUUUAAACUAUCUUUCCUUACAGAAAUGCAAUAUAGGAAAAUCUGGUGCUGAAAAGUUGGGAGAGGUUUUGUCCAGCCUACAGUCUUUACGGUCGCUAAAUUUAAGUUUCAACGAUAUAGGGGACGAGGGACUUUUAAUGCUUCAAGAUGGAUUAUGCAGUAACUCGUCAUUAAAAACAUUAGACCUUAGUCACAACAACCUUACAGAGGAUUCCUCUGAAGCAUUGUCGAAAAUUAUAAUCAACAACAAAAGCAUAGUUGAUCUUAAUUUAUCGUGGAAUGGAUAUUUUGAAGCAACAGGGAAUAGAAAAGUGUUUGGUGCACUUGGCACUAGUGACCGGAUCCAGACUUUAAACCUGGCUUGGAACGCAAUAUCUUCCAAUGAAUGUGUGAGGCCUAUUGCACAGUACGUUAGAAAUUCCAGAAUUCUAGAGUUUCUAGAUCUGAGCUAUAACAGAAUGUCCGGAUUAUCAUUGAGGACGAUACGAAAUGCGAUACACCGAAAUACCAGUUUGCGAGUUGUAAAAUUGGGAAAUAACAUUUCUUCUCCUGAGGAAACGCAUUUGUUACUCACGGCAUUCGCUGGAAAAGUCGACCACCCUCUGAUGUUGAUGGAUCUGGAGAAUAUGUCGAUUCGGAAGGAGUCUAAAGCGGUCUUAAAUAGACUCAAUGGAGCCGGAAAAGUCGUGAAAAUUGGAAAUAUACUGAGUGAUUAUGACAUUCGAGGGCCCAACGCGAACAAAUUGAUUUACGAUAGAUGCAGAUAUGUCUUAACGAAAGUAAAAAACCCUAAAGCAAAAAAGGAUUUUGGUCAUUUCAUUUUAUCCUUGCCUGACGGAUCUCUCACGAAAGAAGAGUUCCAAAAAGAAAUACAGCGGCAAAAGUUGCGCAAACUGGAUAAAGACCUGAUUGAAGCGUUAAUGCAAUUAUUUACAGCAGAUAAGAAAACAAUAGAUUGUGUGGAAUUAGUCAACGAUUACAUGUCCUUUUAUCCGCAUACCACUUUGCCGCCUCCGAAACAAAAGCAAAAACGAGACCAUAAAAAAAAGAGAAAGGCAAAAAGUAGGUUUUCAUUUUUUUCUAAUGAGGCAAAUAGUAUUUUUAGUAUAUUAUUUUAAAUACUUAAACGGAAAUAUUGACUUUAAUAAUUUAACAAAUAUAACUUUUAUUUUAUUUUUAUUAUUCAGAGGAAUAAAACUUACGCUAAACGUUCUGACGGACAAAUCCAAGGACAAGAACACAAGCCUGAAAAAUCGGUAUAUAUUUUCCAACUAAAUAUUCAUGUUUUUGAAUAAAAUAUUUGUUGACUAUUAUGGGUAUAUUCCAAUUCACGACUCAAAGAAAACUCAAUGCAGGUGCAUGAUCAACACAGGGAAGUUUCACCAAUAUUGUAUGUAAAAAAUUGGAAAACUUAUAAAAUCUGAACAAAAAUUAUCGAAACCCGGGGUGGUAUCCAACAGUAUCAAAUUAAGUCUAGUUUUGGACUGAAAAAUAAAAGGUUAGACAUGAUUCCAA